GUUCACUAUUUAGUGCCAUCUAAAAUUAUAGUAUAUUUGUACAGUAUAUUUUCUUGCAUAGCAGGUUUAUUGAAUGCAAAAAAAAUGUUUUGUCAAUCUUUCUAUAAAUAUGAAAAUUGUGAUUUAUUUAAAUUUUUACUUCAUCAAAAUUUCUCAGCAACCACAACACACUCUUCAACUGUUUCUCCAACAACAACUUUUUCAACACCGCCUGCCAGUACAAAUGAGACUCAAGCAACACCUACAACACCCUCUACCAGUGCAAACACUUCUGAGUCUCAAACAACACCACAUACAACACCACCCUCCAGUACAAGCUCUUCUACAACUGAAACUCACACAACAGCAUCUACAACUCCCUCUACCAGUGCAAACACUUCUGAGUCCCAAACAACACUUCAUACAACAGCCACUGCCACAGCACACUCUUCUUCAACUGAGCCAACAACAUUAACUACUUCAGCACCGCCUGCCAGUACAAGCUCUUCUACAACUGAGACUACAACAACAUCUACAACACCCUCUACCAGUACAAGCACUACAACUGAGUCUCAAACAACAACACAUAUGACAGCCAUUUCCACGACCCACUUUUCUUCAACUGAGUCUACAACAUCAACAGCUCCUACAUCUCCUGUCUUUACAAGCUCUUCUACAACUGAGACUCAAACAACAACACCUACAACAGGCACUGCCACCACACACUCUUCUUCAACUUCAACCCAGUCUCAAACAUCAACUUCAACACUGCCUACCAGUACAAGCUCUUCAACAACUGAAACUACAACACCUUUAGCCUCUGUAACGACACACUCUUCUUCAACUCAAACAUCGACUUUUCCAAUAACGUCUGCCAGUACAAGCUCUUCUACAAAUGAGACUCACACAACACCUACAACACUCUCUACCAGUGCAAGCACUCCAAUAACAUCCCAUACAACAGCCACUGACUCUUCUUCAACUGGAUCUCAAACAUCCACUCCUUCAACCACUGUCACGACACAUACUUCUUCAACUGAGUCUCCAACUUCAACUUCUUCAACAUCUCAUACCAGUACAGGCUCGUCAACUACUUCUCAAACAACAGCCUAUUCAAGCACUGACACGACAGACUACACUUCAACUGACUCUCAAACAUCAACUCCAACAUCAACAUCCCAUACCAUUACAAGUUCUCAUACAACUCAAUCAACAGGACCUACAUCCACUGAAACAACAGACUCUUCAACCCAAACAUCAGGCUCAACCCAAACAUCAGGUUCAACCCAAACAUCAGGCUCAACUCAAACAUCAGGCUCAACCCAAACAUCAAGCUCAACCCAAACAUCAGGCUCAACUCAAACAUCAGGCUCAACCCAAACAUCAAGCUCAACCCAAACAUCAAGCUCAACCCAAACAUCAGGCUCAACCCAAACAUCAGGCUCAAUUCAAACAUCAGGUUCAGCUCAAACAUCAGGCUCAACUCAAACAUCAGGUUCAACUCAAACAUCAGGCUCAACUCAAACAUCAGGCUCAACUCAAACAUCAGGCUCAACUCAAACAUCAGGUUCAACUCAAACAUCAGUGUCUUCGACAGCCACUGCCACAACAUACACUCCUCCAAUGCCAUCAUCUGCUUCUUCAACCACUUUCACAACACACACUCCUUCAACUGUGUCUACAACAUCAGCUUCUACAACAGCCACUUCCACAACACACACUCCUACAACUGUGUCUACAACAUCAGCUUCUACAACCGCUGCCACUACAGACUCUAAUCAAACAUCUCCAACAACAACACCAAAGCCAGAUCUGAACUGGAAGUUUACAGUCUCUGAUAUCACUACAUCAUCUGUAAACUUGACAUGGCAAGCGAUAGAUAAAGAUACAGCUUACUAUAAACUUAACUGGACUGAUGGUGGAACACAGCGAAAUGGGACAAAUACAACUGCCCUUUUCUAUUGGGUCACUAAUCUGGCUGCUGGAGUCAAUUACACAUUUUGCAUCACUGCCGUAAAUCAACUCUCAGUAGAAAGUGAUCCUGUCUGCAUCUCAAGUUUUACAAAGCCAAAUGUGGUGAGCAAUCUCACGGCGUCUAAAGUCACCACAUCAUCUGUGACUCUGCAUUGGAACGCACCAAGUGGACCAAUAGAUUAUUAUUUAGUUGAGUGGAGUGUACAGAGAAGCACAGACAGAAGAACUAAUGAGACUUUCUAUGUAAUCACUGAUCUCAUGCCUGCAACCAAAUAUGAAAUUCAUGUCAGUGCUGUUACUGGAGGCAUAAAAAGCGAACUUGUCUUCUUGACUGUACUUACCGAUGUAGAAGCAGGGCCCACCAGCACUAACAACACUGGGAUGAUUGUUGGCAUAGUUCUGACCCUGAUCUGUCUCAUCGCCGCCAUCAUUUUAUUUGUCUUUUUCUAUUCAAGAAGACAAUCCAAAAAACAAUAUCCCGACAUCCCUGUUCACAUGAUUCGUGAUCAAACCAAGAAUGCUUUGAAAGUAGAAGAUUAUGAAGAGUAUUUUAAACGGAACAGUGCUGAUUCCAACUGUGGAUUUGCUGAGGAGUAUGAGGAGUUAAAAUCUGUUGGAACACAACAGUCAAAGGCUGCUGCCCUGGCUAUUGAAAACAAGGCAAAGAACCGCUACUCCAAUGUUUUACCUUAUGAUGCUUCAAGAGUUAAACUAUCAAUGUGCGGCAGCCCCUUUGAUGACUACAUUAAUGCCAACCAUGUCCCUGGCUACAAUUCAAGAAAAGAGUUCAUAGCUGCUCAGGGUCCAUUGCCCGUCACGCUGAAUGAAUUCUGGAGAAUGAUCUGGGAGAAGAAUGUCUACACUAUAGUGAUGCUGACCAAAUGCAACGAGAUGGGACGGGUUAAAUGUGAAAAGUACUGGCCAUCUGCGACUAGUCAUUAUAAUAACAUCUCUGUGACAACCACCUCAGAGAUAGAACUGGAUGACUGGACCAUUAGAGACUUCAGAAUUAAAAAUGUGAAAACAGCAGAAACUCGCUAUGUACGCCAGUUCCACUUCACAGCGUGGCCAGAUCAUGGAGUUCCGGAAACCACUGAGAUUCUUAUCGAUUUUAGACACCUGGUGAGAGAACAUAUGGACCAGUACUCACGCCACUCUCCGACUGUGGUGCAUUGCAGUGCUGGUGUGGGAAGAACAGGGACCUUCAUUGCCAUUGACCACCUGAGCUUCCAGAUUGAAAGAGACAGCAUGGUGGACAUCUACGGAAUUGUUCAUGAUAUGCGCAUGCACAGGGCUCUCAUGGUGCAGACUGAGGACCAGUAUGUUUACCUCCACCAGUGUGCGUAUGACCUCAUUCGAUCAAGAACUGGGACUAACGUGGAUUUAAUUUACCAGAACGCAGCAGCACUCCAAGUCUAUCAGAAUGUUAAAUUAACAAAGUCCUAAAUAGACAUCCACAAGAUAUCCUUCAUCAAAUGAUCAAAAUUGUGAAAUGAAUGUUUUAUUGCACAAUACUCAAUACAUUUGAGUAAAAUUUUAAUUAUAAUAUUUUUUAAAUGCUACACUGGAAUAAUGCAGCCAUUUUAUUUGUUAACAAUUUUGAAAUAUACACUGAAUAAUGUGUAAUAUAUAUUUUUUUUAACUCAGUCAAGAUAUUUAUUUUUUUUACCGUGACAUGUCCUAAUGGAAUAUUUGUCACAAUUUAUUAGACAUGUUAUAUAUACUGCAAUAUCAAAUGACUGUACAUUUUAGUUCUGCCAUGAUUUUAUUUGCUGGGUUGCAUUAAUUAGUCCAUGUUUAAUAAAAUGUUUAUGUUUUGACAUAUUUUAAGAAGAAUUUGCAAUAUAUUAUUUAAUCUUUUAGCCUAGAAACAUUUUUUCUUUCACUUGAAAGCAUUCCCAACAUGUCAAUGCACAAUCUAAUGAACAAUAACUACAAAUAAAGAAUGUAUGACUUAUUUGGUACAUUAAAUUAUUAGUUCAUUAGAUGUAGUUAAUUUGUUUAUCAUUUGCUGUGUUCUGCAAAGCUGCUUUAGAUGAACUGGGCAUUUGCUUGAGAUGUGUAAUUUUAUUUAAAUUGCAUUUUAUUACUAAUACUUAUUUACUUGAUAAUACUUAGUAUAACAAUCCUGCUAACUGCACGUUUAGUUAACAGCAAUCACACCUGCAACUGUACCACUGUUAUGUUUUUUUGAUUGCGCUAAUUUUAAUGUUAAUGCAUUUCUAUGAUCAACACUUGCAAUAGAAUAUCAAAUUUUAUUUGAACAAUAUUGCACUAGAAUAUAUUUGCUUUUACACUUGCCGCUUAAAAUGAUAUUUAUUUAGGAUCUGUUUCUUGCAUUUGCCUCUAUAUUUGUGUGUAUGUAUGUAUGUUAUUUAUAAAGCUAAUUGCAUAUCUGUUGAAUUAUACACUCUUUGGGAAGUCUCUAAUACAUGCUGGAAAUGAUAUCAAAUAAAGUAAUAAUCACAUCAA